CGAAAUGAAUGAAUACUUAGUCAUAAUUCAUAGUCUAUUAAAAUAAUUUAAUAAUUAUAGCGAGUUACCGUAAUGAAUUUAAGCUAGCUUAUUAAAAAUUAUCAUUGACUAAGUCAUUAUCGUUUUUAAUUAAUUAGAUCAUAUUAACUAAUGCCAAACAGUAUAUGUAACAGAUUAUACGCAUCAUAUUCACAUAUUAUUGAAUAUUCAGUAAUCACUAAUCAGUCACUCAGUCAGUAUGUUUUUUACCGUCGUGACCGAAUGUUGGGUUUAUUUUUUUUUACAAUUUACAUCCAAUACCAGUUUUACAAGUGAUCAUUAAAAGAUAACAAAAAGCAAUUACUAGUUAUUGGAUGAAAUAUGGAAAUUGAGAAUGGAGUGCAAGUAAAAUUAUUAUUUUUUGCUCGUUCCAAAGAAUUGGCCGGUACGAGAGAAACAACAAUAAGUUUACCAAGAAAAAUAGGUUAUGAGCAAUUAUUAAAUUUAAUUGCAGUGAACUAUAAUUUGGAGACGAUAAAAAAUAACAUACUUUUGGCAAAAAAUGAAGAAGUUUGCUCUGAAAGUAUAGAUAUAGAAAUAAGAGAAAGUGAUAAAAUUGCUGUUAUCCCACCGUUGAGUGGGGGUUAA